AUGGCUGCGGAGGGACCCGUCCUGGCUGGAAGCACCACGAACAUCGGCCUGAACCGCCCUGCGACCCAGUCGAGUACUGCAUAUGAAGGCGCUCCCGGCCGCGCUGUGGAUGGGAACCGUAGCCCCCUCUGGACCGGCGGGUCCUGUACCCACACCACAAACGAAGCCAACCCGUGGUGGCGAGUCGACCUGGGCACCAGCCAGUGUGUGGAUCGGGUGGUCGUCACCAACCGGAAAGACUGCUGCUCGGAACGGCUGGAAGGCUUCACGGUUUACGUGGGCGACAACCCCGAACUGCUGGCCAACCCUACCUGUGGCGGAGCGCAGUCCGUCAGGGGCAAGGGCGUCAUCACGGUGGACUGUGGCGGACGGACCGGCCGAUAUGUGGGCAUAGCUCUGAAAGGCUCCGGGAAAACCCUUACACUCUGUGAAGUGCAGGUCUUUGGAGGUGCUGCUGCAGGAGGAGGAGGAUUUUCUGGAGGCGGCAUUAAGGGAGGAUUAGGUAGGGCAGAAUCGCCUGUAAAACCUGUCAUAUCCAGAUGCACCACGAACAUCGGCCUGAACCGCCCUGCGACCCAGUCGAGUACUGCAUAUGAAGGCGCUCCCGGCCGCGCUGUGGAUGGGAACCGUAGCCCCCUCUGGACCGGCGGGUCCUGUACCCACACCACAAACGAAGCCAACCCGUGGUGGCGAGUCGACCUGGGCACCAGCCAGUGUGUGGAUCGGGUGGUCGUCACCAACCGGAAAGACUGCUGCUCGGAACGGCUGGAAGGCUUCACGGUUUACGUGGGCGACAACCCCGAACUGCUGGCCAACCCUACCUGUGGGGGAGCGCAGUCCGUCAAAGGCAAGGGCGUCAUCACGGUGGACUGUGGCGGACGGACCGGCCGAUAUGUGGGCAUAGCUCUGAAAGGCUCCGGGAAAACCCUUACACUCUGUGAAGUGCAGGUCUUUGGAGGUGCUGCUGCAGGAGGAGGAGGAUUUUCUGGAGGCGGCGUUAAGGGAGGAUUAGGCACCGCGUGGGCACCUGUGGGUGGCUCCCUGCGGUUCGUCUCCAUCGGAGCGUCCGGAGUGUGGGGCGUGACGGCUGCGGGGCAGAUCCGGUACCGGACCGGCAGCUACGGCAACGCGCUCGGGACGGGGUCCGGCUGGGAACCUGUGGAGGGAGGCCUGAAGCAGAUCAGCGUGGGGAAUGGAGCCGUCUGGGGAGUCAACUCAGGGGACGGCAUCUGGUUUAGGACAGGAAUCAGCUCUUCCAACCCGAAGGGGACAGGCUGGCAGCAGAUUGGGGGCGCCCUAAAGGUGGUCAGUUGUGGCGCCCAAAGUAAUAAGGUCUGGGGAGUCAACUCCCAGAACCAAGUGUGGAUGCGAACUGGAAUCACAGCAGGCAGCCUAGCAGGAACUGGCUGGAAGCAAAUCGACGGCGUUCUGAAGUACGUUUCCGUGGGCCAGGCGGGAGUGUGGGGCGUCAGGCCCGACAACACCGUCCUGUAUCGCGUCGGGACUUUCGGGAACCUGGACUCGGCCGGGCAGAGCUGGAGAGCCGUGCCCGGCCAGGCAGUGAAGCAGCUGACGGUGGGCAUCGGGGUGGUCUGGGCCGUCAGUCCGGACAACCGGAUCUGGGCACGCCAAGGAAUCACCUCUGGGAACCCGACCGGAAGCAGCUGGAAGCAGAUUCCAGGAAGCCUGAGUGCCGUGUACGUCAGUUCCGCCAGUAACCAGGUCUGGGGAGUCAACUCUGGGGACCAGGUCUUCCGGAGGAGCGGCAUUGGAGCAGCAGGCACGGGAGGAGGCUCCGGAGCAGGGAACCGUGGACAAUGUGCUGCAAGCACCACGAACAUCGGCCUGAACCGCCCUGCGACCCAGUCGAGUACUGCAUAUGAAGGCGCUCCCGGUCGCGCUGUGGAUGGGAACAGUAGCCCCCUCUGGGCCAGCGGGUCCUGUACCCACACGACAAACGAAGCCAACCCGUGGUGGCGAGUCGACCUGGGCACCAGCCAGUGUGUGGAUCGGGUGGUCGUCACCAACCGGAAAGACUGCUGCUCGGAACGGCUGGAAGGCUUCACGGUUUACGUGGGCGACAACCCCGAACUGCUGGCCAACCCUACCUGUGGCGGAGCGCAGUCCGUCAGAGGCAAGGGCGUCAUCACGGUGGACUGUGGCGGACGGACCGGCCGAUAUGUGGGCAUAGCUCUGAAAGGCUCCGGGAAAACCCUUACACUCUGUGAAGUGCAGGUCUUUGGAGGCACCGCGUGGGCACCUGUGAGCGGCUCCCUGCGGUUCGUCUCCAUCGGAGCGUCCGGAGUUUGGGGCGUGACGGCUGCGGGGCAGAUCCGGUACCGGACCGGCAGCUACGGCAACGCGCUCGGGACGGGGUCCGGCUGGGAACCUGUGGAGGGAGGCCUGAAGCAGAUCAGCGUGGGGAAUGGAGCCGUCUGGGGAGUCAACUCAGGGGACGGCAUCUGGUUUAGGACAGGAAUCAGUUCUUCCAACCCGAAGGGGACAGGCUGGCAGCAGAUUGGGGGCGCCCUAAAGGUGGUCAGUUGUGGCGCCCAAAGUAAUAAGGUCUGGGGAGUCAACUCCCAGAACCAAGUGUGGAUGCGAACUGGAAUCACAGCAGGCAACCUAGCAGGAACUGACUGGAGGCAAAUCGACGGCGUUCUGAAGUACGUUUCCGUGGGCCAGGCGGGAGUCUGGGGCGUCAGGCCCGACAACACCGUCCUGUAUCGCGUCGGGACUUACGGGAACCUGGACUCGGCCGGGCAGAGCUGGAGAGCCGUGCCCGGCCAGGCAGUGAAGCAGCUGACGGUGGGCAUCGGGGUGGUGUGGGCCGUCAGUCCAGACAACCGGAUCUGGGCACGACAAGGAAUCACCUCUGGGAACCCGACCGGAAUCAGCUGGAAGCAGAUUCCAGGAAGCCUGAGUGCCGUGUACGUCAGUUCCGCCAGUAACCAGGUCUGGGGAGUCAACUCUGGGGACCAGGUCUUCCGGAGGAGCGGCAUUGGAGGAGCAGGUGCCGGAGCGGGUGCCGGAGCGGGUGCCGGAGCGGGUGCCGGAGCAGGUGCCGGAGCAGGUGCCGGAGCUGGUGCCGGAGCAGGUGCCGGAGCAGGCGCUGGAGCAGGUGCCGGAGCAGGUGCGGGAGCAGGUGCCGGAGCAGGUGCCGGAGCAGGCGUUGGAGGGGGCGUUGGAGAAGGAGCCGUUGGAGAAGGAUCAGGUUCCUGGCUGACUUUGAGCCUGCCCAGCAGUAGCAUCACCUCGGCCGGCACUCACGGAGCGAACAGCGGCCCUGCCACGGUGCUGGACGGAAACCCCAACACGUACUGGAACCCAGAAAACCUGCCGAGGAACCACAACAACUGGUGGAUCGUCUUCGACUUCCAGAAGACGUACACCAUCUCCGGCUUCAAGAUCCAGAACAUCGGAGACACCGCGCACGACGUCACUAACUUCAAGCUGGAGACGUCCGACGACAAGUCCACCUGGACACAGGUGUUCUCCACCGGCAGCGUGCGCGCAGGUGUGAAGACGCCGCAGCCGUUUGGCGGGUUUUACGGCAGCGGACGCUACUGGAGGUUCACGGUUACGAAAACGACGACCGGAUGGCAGCCAUACGUCACCGGGCUCCUGUUUUAUGGUGUUGAAGGAAAACCUAACAACGAGGCUCUGCGCAUAUCAAUGCGCAUGACUUCCGCUGGCUCGCCGGGUGCCCAGUACGGGCCUGACAAAGUCGUGGACGGGAACCCCAACACGUACUGGAACCCGCAAGGCCUGCCCAUGAACCACAACAACUGGUGGAUCAUCUUCGACUUCCAGAAGGUCUACACCCUGUCUUCGAUCCAGAUCACCAACUAUGGGGACACCACGCACGACGUCACGGCCUUCAAGCUGGAGGCGUCUGACGACAAGGUGACUUGGAAGCCGGUGUACUCCACCACGGGCGUCAGGCCAGGGACGAACCAACCGCAGAUGUUCGGCGGCUUCUCCGGAACGGGCCGCUACUGGCGCUUCACGGCCACCAGGACAGCAUCGGGAAGCCAGCCCUACCUAGUCGGCCUCAUGUUUUACACGAUCAUACGUAAGAUAGCUCCGACGCAUUUCAAAGUUGUCGGCAUCCCGAAGACAGUGGCAGACGCGAAGGAGUACUGUAGGACCCAGGAAAAAGGCCACCUUGCCGACGUUAAAAGUGAGGCAGUUCUCAACUUCCUACAGACAACAAUCAAGGAAGUCGGAGGCAACAAGAACUACUGGGUCGGACUUCAUGAUGCCACGGGUAGCGGCAACUGGAAGUGGGCGGACGGAACUUCCCUGUCGAGCUGCAGCUACCAGAACUGGGCCCCGGGAGAGCCGAGCGACAUCGGGAGUGCGCAGUGCGUCCAGCUGUGGGCAGCCACGGGCUUCAAAUGGGACAGCGACGACUGUAGCAAGGAGAAGUUCUUCAUCUGCCAGACAGGACCCGGCGAUACACAGGCUUGUAGAGGGAACUCAGCUCGAGAAGUGGACGCGGACGCCGCCCCAGGAACCGCCUGGGAAGAGCGUCGGUCCUCGCUGCUGGCAGAGGAGGAGUCCCUGUCCGCCCUCACGGCCGCAGCGUACCGUCGGUCCGAGUCCGGGUCCGACUUCCACAACCUGGUCCGCCUGAGCGGCGUGAAGAACGCGCUGGAGGCGGGCAGCGAGGACGGACCGGCCGCCAGGCAGCAGCUGGACCAGAUCUCGCGAGAGCUGGGCGAGGUCAGGCAGGAGGAGGAGGACCCGGAUGUGGCGGAGGACCCGGAUGUGGAUGGUGGCCUGGCCGAGGACCCGGAUGUGGCUGGUGGCCUGGCUGAAGACCCGGAUGAGGCUGAAAAUUUUGAGUGA